AUGCCUCGGAAAGCUGUACCAAAAGCUGCACCAGCUGCCCCGCCGCUGAGUGGCUAUAAUAUCGCGACGUCGGGGCGCUUCUCAGGAACCUCGCAAACCGCUGUGCAGUCGCGUCUCACUGCACUCGGCGCCUCAACUGCAUUAAGCGUCACGUCUGACACUACCCAUCUGAUUGCUACAGAGAAGGAUUAUGAAAGCAAUUCAACCAAGGUCAAUGCAGCAGCCACUCAUGGUGUCCCAGUUGUGACCCUGGGGUGGCUCGACGCUUGCCAGUCUUCAGGUUCAAAGGUGGAUGAGUCGCAGUAUUUGCUCUCGUCAGCUGCUCCAGCGGCUGCUCAGCCGUCUCAGCAAUCUCAGCAGCAGGCGAAAGGCAAGAAGCGAGCAGCGUCCUCACCUUCACCAACACCUGUUCAGGACAAGAAGCCCAAGAUCAAGGAAAAUGCCAAGGUUGGUGACGGUCAGAAUGCGAAGUCGAAACAGAUUGCGAUCCAAGUAGACGAAUACUGCCCACGGGCUAGCUGGAGGGUAUACGUUGCCCACGAUGGUACCAUCUAUGAUGCCUCCCUCAAUCAGACAAACUCGUCGGCGAACAACAACAAAUUCUACAAGAUCCAGCUGCUAACCGAUGGCAAUAUGUACACCACUUGGACGCGUUGGGGCCGCGUCGGUGAGCGAGGUCAAAACGCUGAGUUAGGCGAUGGUACCCUGGAUGAUGCUAUCAAUAACUUUGAGAAGAAGUUCAAGGAUAAGAGCGGUUUGAAGUGGGCAGAUCGCGGUGAGCAACCCAAAGCUAAAAAGUACGCCUAUGUUGAGCGCUCCUACAAUCCUGACUCGGAAGAUGACGCCGAUGAUGACGAUGGUGAUGCAGCAGCUGGCGCAGAAGAAGAGGGAAAAAGUGCUUUGAAGCCAGCCAAGUGUACCCUGGACCAGCCUACCCAAGACCUCAUGAAGCUCAUAUUCAAUCAGACCUACUUCGAUGCGACCAUGACGGCGCUCAACUAUGAUGCCAACAAGCUCCCACUCGGAAAGCUCAGCAAAGGCACCAUUGCACGGGGUUUCCAGGCCCUCAAAGACCUGUCAGAAUUGAUUGAUCAGCCAGGUGCAUCUGAAGCUGAAAUCCAACACUUGUCCAACGUCUAUCUUUCUGUCAUUCCACACAACUUUGGUCGCAAUCGCCCGCCAGUCAUCCAGACCAAUGAUGCCCUCAAGAAGGAGAUUGAGCUUCUCGAGAGUCUAUCGGACAUGAAAGAGACCGCUGCAAUGCUUAAGAGUCAGCUAAAGGAUGAUAGUGGAGUCCACCAGCUUGACAAGCAGUUCCAGGGACUUGGCAUGAACGAGAUGACACCCCUUGAUCACAAGAGCCGCGAGUUUGUCGAGAUAGACGACUACCUUAACAAAUCAAAGGGAGAUACUCACUCGGUCAACUAUGCUGUCCAGGACAUCCUCCGUAUCGAGCGCAAAGGCGAGUUUGAGCGGUUCGACAAGAGCAAGUUCUCCAAGAUUGCCAGCAACCGCCGCUUGCUGUGGCAUGGUUCCCGAGUCACCAACUUUGGCGGUAUUCUGGGCCAAGGUCUACGCAUCGCGCCUCCUGAAGCUCCCGUGUCUGGGUACAUGUUCGGUAAGGGUAUUUAUCUCGCCGACAUGUCUUCCAAGUCGGCCAACUACUGCGCUUCGUACAACUCUGGAAACACAGCUCUACUUCUUCUUUGCGAAGCAGAACUGGGCAAUCCCAUGCACCAGCUCACAGAUGCAUCAUACAGUGCCGGAGAGGAUGCCCAUAAGAAUGGCAUGUACAGCACGUGGGGUAUGGGCAUGACAGGCCCCAGGAAGUGGAAGGAUGCAGGGUGCUUGAAUCCCACCCUCGCUGGUUGUAUGAUGCCCGAUGUUUCGAUGCCACCAGGUCCCACCAUGAUUCCUAACGCGUAUCUCAUGUACAACGAGUACAUCGCGUAUGAUGUGGCGCAAGUCAAGCUCCGAUACCUGCUCCGCGUCCAAAUGUAG